GUCGGUUAAUACGUACUGCGUCACUUCCAGGAUGACGAGGGGGGUUGGUGUGACAAGUGAUCAACAAUAACAAGAAUCAGAGCGACUAGGAGAGGCUGUGCUCCCAGGCUGGUGUGUGCAUCUCUCAGCUUGCCUCCCUACGCCUCCAAGCUGGGAAAGGUCAUUUGAGAGGGAAUUGCGGAGGAUCUGGGGGCAACGGCCUCUCUGUGCAGCUGCCCAGUUGCAGGCCAUUGCUGCUCCACCCAUCGUCUAUGAGUGUUUGGCUUUUCUACUGUUUGGGGCCAUCGGACAGAGAGGGGAUGUGGGACGGGGCCUCUGACCCGCCCGAAGAGGAGGGGCGCACCUUCAUGCAGGUGAUCAGCGAGAAGUACAGCCCGGAGAACUUCCCUUACCGCCGGGGGCCCGGCAUGGGGGUGGUGGUUCCGUCCGGCCCGCAGGGGUCGCCAAUGAAAGACCGCCUGAACCUGCCCAGCAUCCUGGUGCUGAACGGCUGCGGAAUCAGCCGCGCGGGAGACGAGGGCGAGAUCGCCGCGUUCUGCGCCCACGUGGUGGAGCUGGACCUGUCCCACAACAAGCUGCAGGACUGGCUGGAGAUCAGUAAGAUUGUGAGCAACAUCCCCAACCUGGACUUCCUGAACCUGAGCUCGAACCCGCUGAGCGAGUCGGUGCUGGAGCCCAGCUGCGCGGAGGCCUUCGUCAGAGUCCGCCGGCUCGUCCUCAACAACACCCGCGUGCCCUGGGACACCGUGUACACGCUCACGCGAGAGAUCCCUGAGUUGGUGGAGCUCUUCCUGUGCCUUAAUGAGUACGACAGUGUGACCCCAACCCCCAUGUCCUGUCCCUCGCUACGCCUGCUGCACAUCACGGACAACAACCUGCACGACUGGGAUGAGGUGCGCAAGUUUGGGCCCAUGUUCCCCGGCCUGGACACCCUGAUCAUGGCCAACAACAACCUGACCUCCAUCCAGGACUCCGGGGACACCCUCUGCCGCCUCUUCCCCAAUCUGCGCUCCAUCAAUCUGCACAACUCAGGUCUGAAUCAAUGGGAGGAUAUAGAGAAGCUGAACUUAUUCCCCAAGCUGGAGGAGGUGAGACUGCUGGGGAUUCCGUUACUGCAGACCUACACCAACACAGAGCGCCGCAGCCUCAUAGUGGCACAGCUGCCCUCCGUGAUGAUGCUGAACGGUAGCGUGGUGACGGAGGCGGAGAGAGAGGACGCCGAGCGCUUCUUCAUCCGCUACCACCAGGGCUACCCCGAGGAGGAGCUGCCUUACAGGUACCAAAUCCUGGUGACGAAGUACGGUAAGCUGGCGCCCCUGGCCGACAUCGACCUGCGGCCGCGCUGCCACGCCAAGGUGGAGGUGCACUGCGAGGACAAGGUGGAGCUGCUGAGCAUCCGGCUGGACCAGACGGUGGCCGAACUCAAGAAGCAGCUGAGGACAGUUGUGCAGCUCUCCACCAGCAACAUGCGGGUCUACUACAUCGACAAGGAGGUGGCCUCCCACUUCGGGCCCGAGGAGUUGAAGUACAGCACACGGGCCCUGCAUUCCUAUAGCAUCCGGGACGGGGACGAGAUCCUGGUGGUCCCAAAGUCCAAAUGACCACUAGACUGUACUUGAAGCCGUGGGUUUGGGGCGGGUAGAGGUGGCUGUGGGAAUCCUCUUUUUGGCUUUUGUUUCCUUCUAGCACAAGUUCGCUUCCUAGUGCUUUGUGGAAGCCCGGUCCCCCUGGCUUCCCAGGUUCCAUACGUGGCCCCUCCCCCAGCCUGCUUUCCACACUUCCUGUGUGGGGUACCUUGUCAGGAAAACAAACAGACGAUCCUCUGACUCGCUUCACUCCCACAAUUCUUUUCACCACGGCGAACCAACGUCACUUGAGCUCGGUGUACUUAAGUGACACCUCACGCCGCACUGUCAUGCACACUCAGAUAGACACACACAGACAUACAGUACAAUGCUUCCCCUGAGACAGACAGACACACACACACACACACACACACACACACACACACACACACAAAGACUGUUGCUCUUAUACUGGCCCCUUUUGAUCUUGAUCUCAGAGGGAGCCUUUAGUUUUUUUAUUUAUUGUUUCCUUUGUGUGAUGUAAGAACAUCUUUAGAAAGCCGUCUCCUUGGAUACGUUAAAAGGACCUUGGCAUCCACAUCCUAAGGCGAUUUUCAGAGGUUGGCUGGCAGCAUUUGAUGAACUGGAGACGAUGACGAGAGCAGGUUUUGAAAGUGUUCAUCAGACCAGGUCGCUGCAUUGCCCGAGACCCUUGCUACCCAGCCCCUUUGCACAUACAACCUCAUCUCCCCACUCACAUAUGCCUACAGAUCGCCUGUUAUUGCACAGUGUCACUGCAUAAGAUUAAAGUGAAGUGCAUUAGCAUCUGAUAGCUGAGAGGAUAGAUGACCUGCUUUCAUCUGCAAUGGCUAGCAUGGUGCUCGAAACUCAAAAAUUUCUAGAACCAAACAAUGGAAAUGGAAAUAAUGUUUUCUCACAGCCAGUUUGGAAGUGUAGACACAGUGAGAAAGAUGUUGACAUGCAAAGAAGACCUUUUUUUUGCAUUUUUGAGUGAUGUGUUACCCCGAUAAUAAUAAAAAGCCCAAAUUAGAAAUCAUGGUCAAGACCGCUUGUGGUUGGUUGGCUGUAUGGUGCUGAGCAUUGCACAGCAGUAUACCAUCACAGCUCCCUUGGUUAUGUACUGUAGGCCAAAUGCCCUAAGGCGUGAGCCAAUCAAACGCUGAGCAGAGACGCGGCAGUCGAUGACCACUGACAGUCAUACAGGCAUCGAUUUUGCUGGCAUGCGCAUGGAAUCAUGGAUGAUUCAGUGCUGUUAACACAAACCAUUUCAUAUGCGUGUGCGUGUGUGUAUGUGUGGCCGCAUGUGCGUAUUAUUUAUACAUAUAGUUUAUGCAUGAAAAGAUUUUUCCUUUUUUAAAUUAAUAUAUUAAUUAUGAACCAUGUUCUAGUGUCCAUUCAUGGCUUGAUUGAGUUGCCUGCUCCAGCCAUUUGUUCUUCGUUACAAUCCACAGAAAACGAUUGCUGUAUUAGUGUAAUUCUUAAAUAUUCUUAAUCUUUCUACCUAAAGCCUUGCUUCUUCACUUGGAAAUUGAACACAAUCAAAUUCUUUCUUUCUUUUGUGUUUUCUUCUCUUUUUCUUUUUUCUUUAAUCACUGAAGCCUUGGUUCUUGUGAGAAAGAGUACCUUGAUAAUUCUUCAUUAAUCUCAGCCUUUGCAAGUGUCUUAAAGUUAGGAUUGGAUGGCAAGAAGUAAAGCUUUCAAGUAGAAACACUAUCCUUCAGUGCAGAAAAGCUAUAGACUGUGUUUUUAAACGCCAAUAAGCGUCGCUGUAUUUAAGGAACCGGAGGGAGCUGAGUGCAGGAGGUACUCCGUGGCAUGCUAUACGCUCCCUUGACCCCUCCCGUUCGGGCAUCGAGGGAAGUCAUUGAGACCAGGGGGGUGAUGGGAUGUCAGGUUGUGGCGAGGUCCUCUCAGGCCUUCCUGCUGUCCGUCUCCUCAUGAAUGGAGGGUCUUUUCCCCGGGGGGACUCGAGAAAGCGAGAGACACGGAGGACGAUCGACCCUAACUGGCCGAAACCCACACCGGCUGCCGCGCCGUCCAAGAGACUUCCUCCUCAGUUCAGAUUAAAAUGGGCCGCCUCCCAAAAAACACGGGCCGUGUCCCAAACCAGACUCCCAAACCUCCGAAACUCGCACCAGAAAAGGCUGAAGCCUAACGCCUCAUUCUGUCAGAAAAGACAGUUUAGAAUUGUUCACUGAGAGAGUGAGUGCGAGAGGGGAAGAAUGCAGUUCACGCUCGUAGCCCAGCGAGGCCCGGGGUAUAGUUGUUGCCAUGGCGUCUCCCUUUUUUUGGCUGUCUCUGUUCGCGGUGUUGGUCCUCGGUGAUUGUAUUUUCCUGGCCAUAUUGAGCUGGUAAUGAUCUGAACACUUUAUUUUGUGACUCAGAGUUAGGCCCUUGACAUGGUCUUAAGUGACUGACCAUACUGACCAGUCUUAAGUGGCUGGCUGUUUUAUACUUUCUGGAAAGAAAGACCACGGAUCAUUUGACUGAGUGUGAGAAAAAUAUUUAUUAUGUAAUUAUGAGUUUUUAUAUGUAAUUAUAUUUUAUGGGGUGCAAAUUGUACACAGUGCAAGAAUGUGUCUUUUAAGAAUGACUUCAUGGCUUUGGUGACUGAAAGGUCAUGGCACUUUGGGCCAUGGCACGCUUGUGCAUUGCUUGCUUCCAGCAAAGGAAAGUCUCUUCCAACAGACAUUUGUGAAUACCACUGUGAACAUGGAGGCUGUUUAUGUAUCGCAUGUGGUGGGGAGGAAACAGGCAUAGGGUUAGCAGAGCUGGACCAGGAAUGAGUCAGGUUUCUUCUUUAUUUACUUAAUCAGCAGGUACUUUUUUGUGUUUUCAUAGCGAAACUCUCAGUGUUGAAUCAAAUAAGUUAAUAGUCCAAUAGGAGUUUGCUCUGUACAUUUUAGUUCAUUUUUAGGCAAUUUAAACUUGACUUAAAAUAAGUUUGUCUGUAUUACUCAGCAGUGCCCAGGAUGCAGUCCUAGUGUAUCAUUUCUCAUGCUUAAUUCCAUGGGUCACGCCCAGAGCUCUUACCUUCUUCCUGUGGACCGUUUAAGUGGAAACUGCAAGUUUAUCCCAUGGUCAUAUCUUUUCUUAACUGGAAUCGAUUCCAUACAUUUCAGGUGUCUGGUUUACCCGAGCAGCCCCCUUCUCUCUCUCCCCCCCCCCAGUUCCCACAGUGUUAGCUUGAUCCUGAGCAAGGUCUGUCUGCAUCUCCCCACGGCCCCCUGGUAUCAGGUGAGGGAGGCCACUGCAACCCUACCCUGGCAUACAGUGUGAACGCCGAACACUGGGCAACACUAAUGGACAAGGUUGUUUCCACCGCUCUCUUUCUCUCUCUCUCUCCCCCCGCCCCCCUCUCUUUUUUCUGUGUCUGUGUAAUUUGGAUUAAACUGAGACACGGGGGUGUCUCUUCAGGAAUGGCAUUGUCAUAACGUGAAGAUGGGGGGUGGCGUUUGCUCCAUUCCCCUUUCAUUCUCAGUAAUGCAAGUACACAUAGCGUUGUGGGGGGCAAAAUAGACAAUUCCAUUUAAAAUAUUGAACUUGUUUUGUUUUUACUAUGAUUAGUAUAAUUUAUUUCAAUCGUGGUUAUAAUAUAUGCUGUUUCAAUUCUGGGUUAUGUGUGGCGGCAGUGGGUUCUGUGUGCUUACCUUCGCCUGUCCAAUCACGAGAUGAGUCUGCUGGUGGGCGGGCGUCGGAGCCAAAAUGUCCACCGUGGGCUUCCUGUCACAGCGGCUUCCUGUUUGCCUGCCCUCUGCAGGAGCCUGGUCUCUGGAAGAAAGGGACUGUAUGUCCGUUCCUUUUCUGUAAAUACACUGACAUUAAUGUAGGUACAGAAAUCACUUCUGAUUGCCAUACUUUUUACGAGCCAUUUUGGCGUGGAAAGCACCGCUAUGCGUAGAGUUGUGGUUUUAAUUUCUUGGCUGUGGAGUAACGCCCUUGCCCUGGAUUUCCGAUUCACCGAAGGAGCGAAAACGCUGAUUUUGUAACGAAGCUGCUCACAGCGGUUUGAAAAUAUCCACAGUUACCAUGUGCAUUGCUGGAAUUUCCCCUUUUUUCUGCAGUGUGAUGACAAACUUGGCAUUUUAUGUGAGGGGAUUCGUGGUAGAAAACAUGUAAAUGGGUCAGAUAAUGUAGCAGAGUUGCUAAAACAGUGAGGAGAAUCAAGAGAUUUCGUGUAAACCAGUUUAAAGCCAGUUAAAAAAUGUUUAAAAAAGUAAUUUAAUACUGGCAGAAGACAAAACAGCCCAGUCAUUAUUUAGUUGUUGCUAAUAUUCACUCAGAGUAGCAUGGCGUUGGCCUUUGACAUGUAUACAAGGCCGAUCACUUAGAAGAGGGAAAAACGUUAGUCCAAAUGGAAACUUUAUAUCGCUGGAGGUGCACAGGAGAAAUGUGACCAUAUUCCUUUCUUAAAUGUGUCAUAAAGGGAAGACCAGAGCUUAAGUUCUAUCACUUUGAAUGUCUUCUGCCUGACUCUCUAAGUGCUGAUUUAAGUGUCCAAAUGUGUGUUCUAGAAAAGUACAUUUUAAACAAAAACAAAAAAAAAUUAUUUACUAAAUAUGUACAGGAAAACUAUAAAGUAUGUGAAGUAUGUUUCAUAAAGUCAGGUGCUCUGGGUAUGGUUGUAUUAUGGUCAGUUGCAUUGUGAAGACCAAUGAGAACACCACAGGGUCUUGGUUCAGUUAAAUGGUGUAUGAGACCCUCUAAAUGAAUGGGAGACCAGCUUCUUUUUUUGUAAAACAAGAUAGAUUUUCUCUAGUAUUGUAAAUAAUAUUAAAUGACUGAGAAAGAGCAAGGAAAAUAAAUCUUGUACACCCAGCACACUGUAUACCUUGCAGAACUUCAUUGGUGAGCGCGUGGGACUGUUUCUUGGUAAUAGUAUUUAAAGUUGAACGUGUGAACCCUAAGAUGGCUAUAUGCCUCCUGUGCUUUUGUCAGCAUUGACAUUGCUCUCCGCUUGAUAAGGUCACCAGAAGCUCCAGAGAAAGUAGGUUUCCACUGUAUGUUCAGCUUCAUGUAAGCUCAAGGACCGUUGCUUAACCAAAGAAAUAAUUCAUGUUAAACUAAGAAAGAGGAGAAGAACAAGUCCUUAGACUCUGCUAUUGCUGUUAUUUGGAUGUUUUUGCUUGCCAUGUUAAGAAAUAGUUUACCACCAAGCCCAUAUUAGCAUUUCUAUAGCAGUUGGAGCGCUGCUGCUUUGUCUUAUUUACACACAUGAGAAAGGGGGUGAGGGGGUCAAAAGGUUGACUAUGACAUUUUUUCUGGGCAAGGAGGUCUGUGAACCUUCUUGUUCUAAGAGUGUGAUUGCAGGUAUGUGUCAGUUUUCCCUAACCUGUUGGAAGCCAGAUUGCAAUUCCAAGACAAUCUCAAGGUUGUACUUACUAGAGAGUGAUUGCUCUGAAUAUCUGUCCCUGGCUUAGCAGCUGUGUAGAAGAACGUUGAAGUGUUUGCCACCAGGAGAGCCACGCCCUUGUCUCUCACUGACCCGUACUGUGAAACGAUGAUUUAUUAAACCUGGAAGAGUUUCCUGAUUUUGAA